AUGGUAUGGCGAGGCCUUUUCCGGGCGUUGGGUUCGGCUACAGGAGUCAAGCUGGUGUCUGCUGCCUCGUGGAAUGAUUUGGGGGCGUUAAAGAUGCUGCAUUGGGCGACAGGGGGGCCUUCGUGGACGACUUCAUUCGCCGCGUUUGAGCCACUGCUCUACCCCCUGCUCCUGUCCCGCUGGGUCUUCCUUGGCCACAUCCUCCGGUGGCCCAUUGACGCCCCGGCCUACAAGUUCAUGCUCCGAUAUUUCAGCUUUUCCGUCGCUGAGCCUUGGCCUGAUCGCCCCAUCACGUCUUUGCAUCGCGUCUUGAACGCUGCCGAGCAGAUCGUCACCGCAUGUCCCACUAUCCCCCAGCACUCAGACGUCUAA